AUGUCUCCCGAUUCCAAGCUUAGCCCGCAAUCUGCCCCGCCUUUAGCAUCCUCUCGAUCUUCGGAUUCACGACGUUCCCUUGCCUGCGUGCUCUGUCAACAACGCAAAGUCAAAUGUGAUCGGAAGUUUCCUUGUGCAAACUGCCUUAAGUUCAAGGUAGAAUGCAUCCCAGCAGCGCUGAAUCCGCGGCAGCGAAAGCGCCGAUUUCCCGAGCGAGAACUUCUAGAGCGGAUCCGCAAGUAUGAGGAUCUACUCCGCCGGAACAAGGUCGCAUUCGAUCCACUCCAUAAAGGCGCCUCUCGGAGUAACCAGUCUCCCAGUAGAACAAGUGGUCAUGGUACAGAUGAUGAGCAACCAGACUCGCUGAGCCUAGACCCUUCAUCUCUGUCGACAUCUGAAAAACCUAAAGGACCACGUGAACCCAAGAAUUUUUGGCAUGCUAUGACAAUACAAGGUUUCCCACAAAAUGCGAAUGAUAGCGAAUCCUCACAUGACGAGGUGACCCAGGAUGGACUGAAGAGGGCAUGGGAUCAGCUUUUUGCUGAUCAGGAUAAUCUUAUUCUGUUUGGUUCGCGCAAGAAAGCAGUCGAGCUUUCUACUCUUCACCCCGAGCCAGUGCAAUUGUUUCGGCUUUGGCAGAUUUACCUGGACAAUAUCGACCCUUUGCUCAAGGUUACACAUACAACUAGUCUGCAAAGUCGCCUAAUUAAAGCAGCCAGCAACCUCUCUUGUAUCAGCUCCACUCUUGAGGCACUCAUGUUCGGCAUAUACUCCAUUGCUAUCAUGAGUCUUACGGCCGAUGAAUGCCAAACUGCUUUUGAAUCAUCAAGGGAAGAGCUCUUGACGAAAUACCAAUUUGGUUGUCAGCAAGCCCUGCUGAAUUGUGGGUAUCUGCGAACCGGUGAACGCGAAUGCUUGACUGCGUUUUAUCUCUUCCUUGUGUCCAUCGGACGCAGCACAGAUCCUCGCUCUAUGUCAUCCAUGCUUGGCAUAGCCAUACGAAUCGCACACCGCAUAGGGAUUCAUAGCGAGGCAGCUUGUUUAAAGCAUAACCCUCUCGAAGCGGAAAUGGCUCGGCGACUCUGGUGGUCAUUCAAACUCUUCGACACUCGCAUCGGUGAAUUAGCUGACUACCGAAACGUUGCACUGGCUCCUGCCUGGGAUUGUAAAACCCCUCUCAAUGUGAACGAUUCUGAUCUUCGAUCAGAAAUGAAAAGGCCCCCGCUUGUUAUGAACACAUCGAGCGAGGCACUUUUCGUUGUUGUACGCAGCGAGCUUCGCGAGUUUGUUCGCCAUGCUAAGUUCCAUUUCGAUUUUCACACUCCAAGCUUUGCUUCCGGUGCCAGCGAUGCCCAACAGCGCUUCAAUCCUGAAGACAGUGAAUUGAAUGCUUUGGAAAGCAUGAUCGAGGACAAAUACCUCAAGUUCUGUAAUGCAGAAAAUCCACUUCACUUCAUGACCAUUUGGACAACGAGGAGUUACAUUGCGAAAUGCCGGCUUGUGGAACACUACUCGAGGAUUUUGGAGUCAUCUUCAGAGCAGACCGAAAGGCAGCGUGACUUUGCUGUCUUCUAUGCAAUGGAGAUGCUCGAAGGUGAUACUAAGAUCAUGACUUCGCCUCUUACUAAAGGAUACAUCUGGCACCUGAAUUUCCAUUUCCCGCUCCCCGCCUAUAUCCACAUGCUACAAGACUUCAGAAGGCGGCCCACUCACGGCCAAGCUGAGAAGGCCUGGGAAGCGAUGAGUGAUAACUUCGAAGCUCGAUUCGAUGUCUCUCGGCCCAUUAACAAUCCACUUUUCACAAUAUUCACCAGACUGGUUCUUCCGGCUUGGGAGGUGUGUCAGGCAGCAAUCAAGCAGUCAGGGAAGUCUCCAGUGCCUCCGAGAAUUGUGUCUUACAUUUGGAAUGAUAUGGCGAAAAAGCCUGGUAAUUCUGAAGGUACAAGCAACAACGAUGGUAAGUCCCAUGAUUAUUCAAAAAUCGAUGAUAUGACCAUGCCCAUACCAAUGCCUAUUGGAUUUGAUGGCUAUGGCUUGCCAUACGGUGGAGGGCUGGAUGGAUUUGCAGGAGCUGGGCCGGGUCAUAAUGGAAGUAUUCAGUCCGACGUUGACGUUAAUCAACUUGACUGGGCACUGAUGGAUUGGGAAUCCAGUGGGCUUCCAAAUUGGUGCAGCUGGUGA